UUUAAAUAGACUCCAAGUAGACCAGAACCAAAUAUCGGGAUCAAUACCAAAGUCAUUCGCCAACUUGAAUAGCACUAAACAUCUCCACAUGAACAAUAAUUCAAUUACUGGGCAAAUUCCACCCGAGCUUUCGAAAUUACCUAAUUUGCUUCACUUGCUUUUGGAUAAUAACAACUUAUCUGGGUAUCUUCCACCAGAGUUGUCAAAAAUUCCACAGUUACGCAUACUUCAACUGGAUAACAAUCACUUUGAUGGGUCUGAGAUUCCAACUUCUUAUGUCAACAUGUCAAAUCUAGUCAAAUUAAGUCUUCGGAAUUGCAGUUUGAAAGGGGCUGUUCCAGAUCUCAGCAGUGUACCACACCUUCAUUAUUUAGAUCUUAGCUGGAACGAGCUUACUGGAUCAAUACCAUCAAAUAAGUUCUCCAAUAAUGUCACCAAUAUUUAUCUGUCUCACAAUCGUCUUAAUGGGUCUAUCCCUGAAAAUUUUUCCAAUCUUCCUCAGCUCCAAAGAUUGUCACUUGAGAACAAUUUUUUGAGUGGGUCUGUUCCUUCUACCAUGUGGCAGAAUAUGACCUUCAGUGCAACUGCAAAACUUACACUGGAUCUGAGAAAUAAUUCACUAUCAAACAUUUUGGGCGAUCUUAAUCCUCCUAAAAAUGUCAGCCUAAGGCUUCAAGGGAAUCCUGUCUGCAACAAUGUGAACAAACAAAAUGUGAUCCAGUUCUGUGAAUCUGAAGCUAUAAGUGAUGAGACACCUGGAAGGUCAAACAAUACGACAGGCACUUGUCGAAUUCACGCAUGCCCUGGAGAUGCUUUCUAUGAAUAUGUUCCAACAUCUCCUGUGCCAUGUCUUUGUGCAGCACCUAUUGUAGUUAGAUAUCGUCUGAAAAGCCCUAGCUUCUCUUAUUUUCCUCCAUAUUUGGACCUUUUCAAGGAUUAUCUGGCCAAUAGUCUCAAUUUGGACCUUUAUCAGAUAUCAAUCGAUUCAUUUAUUUGGCAACAAGGUCCUAGGCUAGAGAUGCUUUUAAAGUUUUUCCCUAUGGUUUAUGGUAAUUCACACAAGUUUAAUACAAGUGAGAUUCUACGAAUUAGAGGCAUAUUCACAACAUGGGAAUUUCCUGGUAGUGACUUGUUUGGACCAUAUGAACUGCUCAACUUCAUCCUCACAGGACCUUAUUCAAAUGUGAAUCUUGGGUCUCGUGAAUCUAGGAUAAGCAAGGGAGCAUUGGCUGCCAUUGUGUUAGGGUCCACUGCUUGUGCAAUCAUGAUAACUGCAGUUAUUGCAAUGGUUGUUGCGAAAAGAAAAAUUAGACACCAUUACAGGAUGUCAAGCAAGAAUCUGUCAUCAAAAAUUACAGUCAAAAUGGAUGGUGUCAGAUUCUUCACAUUUAAAGAAAUGCAACUAGCCACAGGCAAUUUCAGUAUCUCAAGUGAAGUUGGCCAAGGAGGGUAUGGAAAGGUCUACAAAGGCAUUCUAGCAGACAACACAACUGUAGCCAUAAAACGUGCAGAAAGAGGUUCCUUACAGGGUCAAAAAGAAUUCUUGACAGAGAUAGAAUUGUUGUCAAGGUUGCAUCACCGAAACCUUGUUUCAUUGAUUGGAUAUUGUGAUGAACAAGAGGAACAGAUGUUGAUUUAUGAAUUCAUGCCUAAUGGGACACUUAGAGAUUGGCUUUGUGCUAAAUCAAAAGAAGGCCCAAGUUUCAGUAUGAGGUUACGUACUGCACUAGGUUCAGCCAAAGGCAUCCUUUAUCUACAUACCGAAGCAAACCCUCCUAUAUUCCAUCGAGAUAUCAAAGCCAGCAACAUACUUCUGGACUCUAAGUUUACUGCAAAAGUAGCUGAUUUUGGGCUCUCACGACUUGCACCAAUUCCAGAUGAUGAAGGGAUAGUACCAGGUCAUGUAUCCACCAUCGUGAAGGGCACCCCGGUGAAUGCAGCAUAUCGUUCUGAUAUGACACACUCUAUCUUAGACAAUCGUAUGGGCUCUUAUCCCUCUGAAUGUGUGGAAAAGUUUGUUGUUUUAGCUCUCAGAUGUUGCCAGGACAAGCCAGAAAUGAGGCCUUCAAUGUCAGAAGUGGUGAGGGAGCUAGAAAACAUACUUGAUAUGUUGUCAGAGUCCGACACCUUGCUGUCCAAGCCUACCGAUACAUAUUCCAGUAUUUCAGCACCACGCUCUACGGAGACGUAUUCUGGUACUUCAGCACCAUCUUCUUCAUUGACCUCUGCCACAAGGGACUCAGACAUGUCUUUCAAUAUUUCCAGCAGUAAUCUUGUUAGUGGUAUUAUCCCCACCAUCAGACCUCGUUGACAUAUAGGUGUAAUUUCUCUUGUAAAUAUAUUUUUAUUAAUAAACUCAUGUUGGCCAAGUCUCUGUCAUCGUUUUUAAACAUUACAAUGUGGUUGAAGAGAUAAUAUAUACAUAUUUAGAAUUUGUAUUCUGUUUGUAGGAUUAUUCA